AUGUCGGGGAAGGCAUUGAGUGCUGCAAUUGCUGCAACCCCUGAAGAAAAACCAAAAGAGGAGAAGAAGCUGAGAGCAUGCUGUGCUUGUCCAGAAACGAAAAAAGUGCGCGACGCCUGCAUUGUCGAACGCGGUGAGGAAAAUUGUGGCGAUCUCAUCGAAGCACAUAAAGAAUGCAUGAGGAAGAUGGGAUUUAAUGUCUGAAAUGGAUGGUAAUUUAAUGAACAGAAUCAACAAUCUUUGGUCAGGACUUGAUAUUGUAGAAGCUGAUGUUGGUACAUACUGAUGCAAUUCGCCCAAUUGUUACGUCAUGUAAGCGCAUCUUUGUUGACAGCAUGACCCAGCAAGUCUUGGGGAAUCAAGAUCAGUUUGAAUAAUGCUUAUACUGCUGCUUUUCGAACAAAUAACGUGUGAAAUUAAUUUCAUUUGUAAAAAUUAGUGAAGAAGUCAGAAAAAGAGUAUUGUUGUUAGCAGACCAUGCUUGUCAUUGAAUUUUAGAGAGGUUGAUGUUAGUCAAACCUUUUAUUUCUUGGUUAUCUGCUUUGUGUUUGACACUGAUAAAUAAUUAAUACAGUUCCCUCCACUUUUCUAUCUACGAUGAAAUUUGAAUUAGUGUGUUAACCUAGUAUAUGGCCUUGCCCUCCAUAAGUCAAUGCAAUGAAAUGCCCACCUGGAUUUUGGAAAUUUUAAGGUUCAAAUCCUGUUGGGCACUCACAAUUGUUUUUUUCUUUUGCUUGUUACAUGCUGCCAAUCACAAUUUUUCUGGAAAAUCUAAAAUCAAUACUUUUUUAGUGUCCUCAAAUGGUUGAUGAGCAGCUUUGUUUACCUCUUUAUUUCAGUGGAAACUUUUAAUUAGCAUGUGUGCAGACACCUCCUAUACUAGCUAUUUUCUCUGUAACACAUUAAAGGGUGUCUACACUUAAAGCCCCAUGCAAAUGUGUGCAACCGUGUUUGACGUUAUAUGUUGCAUCCAUUUGCACGGCCUGUUGCAUGUUGUUGAAAGCGGUCAAACUUUUGAGCCAGCAACUCCCAACAUUUCUUUUGUUCUGUGAUCGCCGAAGCAUAGCGCAAUGAUGUUAGAUCCGUUUGCACAGCUCUUCCAACAUUGUUGGGGCCACACACGUGCAUUACACAUGGUCUCCUUGAACUUCAUUCACAUGUGUCACAAUAUAGUUAUGCAAAUUCUUUCAAUUUAUCAAUAUUAUGGUUUUAUGCACUGCAAGUCCCAACAUUGUUGGGAGUUGUUGCAUUUGCACAUUUGUUGCAUUUGCACACCACUGCCAACACUAUCCAUCAACUUCUAAUCUUUUUCGGGCCAACAAUAUUGGGAGUUGUUGUGUGCGUUUGCACGUAGCUUAAGGAGGGCUACUUUUGGAAGUGUAAGCCAUGUUUUAAACAUCAGUAUCAGACAUAAUUAUCUGGCUGAAUUUUAUGAGUGGGCAAGGCCAUCUUACCCACUUGGGAUUUCACUCCAUUACUCCUGCAAGAAUAACUUCUCCUUUUGGCCAUAUACAAGACAGAAUCAUUCUCUCUUGCCAUCUAAUAAAUCCUUUACAAGGUGGUCAGAAAGUUUUGAAGUAGAUGGCUGAGUUGUCAAAGUAAGCAGCCAGUCCAGGGAUAUCUUAUUUUAAAAAUGCUAUCUGUAGAGAAAUGCUAAAUGGAGUAGCCAGCUGAUACUAACCAAGCAGGUGGCGAUUUUCACCAGCGGCCGGCUACUUUUGACAACCCUGCUUUAUUGACCCAGCUUUUUUGGUCAAGACGUCUAAUUAUCAGUCUUAUCUUGACCUCAGUCGUGGUCAAUAAUUCAUAUAAAUUGUACUGUGUUUAUCCUUUCUGAAACUUUGUAGAUACCCUGUGAGGCAGGCAUUGAAAUGGGAAGGGGGAAGGAAUUUGGGUGCCAGCUUUGGUACUAAAUAGUCUUUUACAGACAUGAAAGUAAUUAUUUCUCCUCUGCUUUACCAAGAAAGUCUGAGCUUUGUGUUAUUUUUCACAGGGACCUUGUGAACACCAACUUGAAAAGCUGGGCUCAGAGGUGUUUUUGAUGGUCAAUUUUGAUCAUUUCGGCAGGCAGUAGGAAACCAAUUUUAGUUAGGCUACAAAUGAACUGGAAUGUUUCUGCCUGUAAGUUAUAAUUUUGCUAAACAUGGAGUUCACAAUUUCUGAUCAGAAUUUUUGGAAAAACUGCUAUUACAUUUACAUGUAAUAAUCAACCUAGAUCAUAAGGCUGCUUAUUGUCCUCAGAACUCGUUCUCCCUGCCUAGGAACUGCAUUGGUGUGAAAAUCCACUGAAAAUAGAAUUCGCUAGUGAAACAAAAAAUGCUGACUAAAAGACACACUUCUCACCUAUUAAAUUACCAAGAAGUUGAGAUAAAAUACACGAUUUUAGAGUUCCAAAAACCCUCAUUUUCAUAAUAAGGCCAAGUGUAAAACCUUUCAUAUGAAAAUGAGUUUUAUUCAAAUGAAAAAAAUAAAAUAAUUUUCUUUUAAUAUCAAAAAAUUUUGCGGUGAAACUCGUUUUGAAAGAGAGGCUAUCCUUGGCCGGGGACCCACAAUGAAUUGCUCGUCGCCUCCGGGAAAAACCUUCUUUUUCGUUUUUUUUUUUAAGCCAGAUGACAAAAUUGUUUACAACCCUUAUUUGAUUAAAAAAAACCUUUCUUUGCAAGCAUCAAUCUUCAAAAGUGUUAAUUUUUGGUAUCAUUAAUCAUAUAAAUUUUCAAAAUUUCCUAACGAAAUGAUUGUGAAGCACGAAAUAUUAGAAACUCACAAUAAAAAUAAAACUAUAAUUAUGAAACUGAAAUUAACUCGAGUAAAAAACCAAAAUCCCUUUUUGUCAUUUAAACCUUACGUCGUUUCACUCACUUUCUGUUAAAAUAUUAUGCAAAACUCUCAUUUAAAAAUGGAGCAAUGUGAAUAUUACGUAACGAAUCCUCGUCCCAAAAAAUGGUGAUAAACGUUACUCCUAUUUUGUAAGUAAUAAAGUCAUAAUUAUCUUUUAUUGCCAUUUAAAACGGUGUGAAAGCAGUGGUCUAUUAUACAUUAACUGCAUUAUUUUUACUUUUUCUUAAGAAAAUGAAUCGGUUCAGAGUUCGCAUGCUUCUAAAACAAUUCAAAAUUAAUUGUCACUGAUUAAUCAAUCUUUUUGUAAAGUAAAGAAAUAUAAUACAAAAGGAGAUGCUAUUAAAAUACCUCGAAGGCACGAUUCAGUUUCGAGGCGACGAAAGGAAAUUUUAAAGCAAACGAUUUCGCGUUACAUUUGCAGAUAGUCGUCAGUGGUCACAGGAAAGGACCAGAAAAAGGUUAGUCAAAUUUUGCACUGAAAUUUUGGAUCUUAAGUAUCGGUUUUGUUUGACGGUUUUUCACUUGUGCGGGAUCGGGCCAACUGUGAAUGUUUCUCAUCUAGCUAAAACUUAAAUCCUUUUUUUUUCCUUUGAAAAUGGGAAUUUUUCAUAAUCGUGAUUAUAGUCAUUCCAGGUCCAUUCUUUGAUACAACGGAUUUUCCGCAAAGAAUCUUUCAGCGCAUCAGCAAAGAAUUUUUUUAUUUAUUUUAUGAACUACUUGACAAAUUUUCCUGUUUCAAAAGACGGAAUCGUCGCGAAAUUAUAGAGUGAUGUAAACUCCCCCUAAGAAAGAAAGCAUUAAGAACUAAACUAUAUAAGUGCUUGUGAUAAAACGGGAAGGAACAGCAGGGAUAACCGCCCGGCUUCCGGGAACUAAUUAUAAACUGUUAAGAAAGACUUGACCGACUGUAAUAGUUGUAAGACUUGUGGGAAAAGAAAAAGCGGCGAGCAGAACUCGACCUUCGAGGUAGUGAUACAUGCCAAAAUACAGCAAGUUCAUCGCUGUUAUGAGUCAAAACAACAGCUCCACUCGUGCAUGGCGCUUUUUAGUACAUUUCUUUGACGUCCACUUCACGACUACGACGCGAAACCUCAGAAUCUGACGUUCACGGUGGACGUGAACAUAGAUGGAUGAAUUUUCCCUUCUCUUUUUGAAGCUGGAUAAAGUCCUUAAGAAUUCAAGUCCUGGACUGAAAAAUCGCCUUCAUUUGACAAACUGAACUAGUCCAAAUAGGCGUGAUAAAGUUUUAAAGGACGGAAAAUCAUUCUUUUUGGCGACGUUUUCGGUACCGAGGUUGUUUCCUGUCGUUUCUUAACCCCAAUACUUUCACGUAGACAUGACUAGACAAACGCUGCCCUCCUGUCAACGGCACACUUCUCACGUCAAACACAGCAAUCAAAUUGCCUGGGAGAUGUAAUGGAAAAAAACAAAACUGAGAAAAAAAUAAAUGUUAAGGAGCUUCCGAGGUACGCCCACAGAGACCCCACGCUAAAUAUACGUUUCUUCAAAAUAUAAACUUUUCCCUGCGAUCUUUAAGCUAGCUUUCCGUAGUUAUUUCGUGUGGAGGGAUACACUUUUUUUAAAAAAAUAGUAAUAACAUUUAGAGCCUGGUUUUCUUGUUUAAAAAAUUAAGGAAAUUGAAUAUUGAACAACGUACCCGCAGGGAUGAACGCAAAAGGACGAUGGAGGACGUAGAAAAACUGAUUGCGAUGAUCAACACACAGUUAAUUAAUUAUCGAUUAUUACAAUUUCAAGGUGUGAAAAGCAGUCGUCAAUUACUGUACAUUCAAUGAGUUGAAUUACUAUACCAUUUUUUUGUAAAAAUAAGAAAUACCGUCCAACCUCCCGUAUAUAUGAGACCACUAAUUACAAUGUAAAAUUAAAACCUCUUCCCCAUUAAGAGGUCGUUUAUCUCGUUUUCGAGGAAGGGUAAGAGGGAAUUGCGCGAAGAAGAAGGGAGGGGAACCUUCUCCCUUGCACGCCCUUUAUGCACUCGCGCAAAUCAAUAUAUUCCCUUCCCAUUCCACGCAGGCUAUUCUGAGUCUUCUUAUCCCUUGAUCUCUUGAUGUGUUUUUGCUGGGUUCUUUUGAAAUGUAAUACAUGAGUCUCGUCGUUUCUGGUUUUUUACCUUUCCAACAAAGCUUUUAAUGCGUUUGUUACGUGUUAGUCUUGUAUUUGCAAUAUCUACGAAGACAUAUUCCGCAAAAAUUAAUAAAAAUAAAGUAUUCCGUAGAAAUAAGUGAGCCUUAUAACGGCCUUAAAACUUUGCCUUUUUCUCGCCUGAAGCCACCAUGAAGUUCCUUCUGUUGAUGACACUAUUCAGUUGUGCUGCCACAUUCGCACUGGCUGACGGAGAUGAAAAUGAGAGUGGCCUUAUCUCCGAUGCCUCCACCAACGACAAUGAAGUCGCUGGUCAGUUCGAAGAAGAAAACGACGAAGAAAUGGAAGAUGACGAUGAAACGAACAGGUGGUUGGCUCCGGAGGUGUACGAUUAUCUGGCGGAACGUGAACGGAGGUCAGUAAACGCCAGCCAGAUAGCAGAAGAGAAAGAGUUAGAAAAGAAGAAAAACAAAAAGAAAGGCGAAGGAAAAGGGGGGAAAAAGAAAGACAAAAAGAAGAAUAAGAAAAACAAGAAAAACAAGAAAAAGAAACCAAGGAAAUAUACAGAAAAAGGUAGAUUGAUGUAGAUUGUAAACACUUGUUUCUAGGGCCAGCGAGGGACAGCGCCCCCGGGGGUACUCCCUCACAUAAGCCGUAUCGUAUGUGCCACUCCCAAAUGGUAUGGUUUUUGCACCGUUUUGGUCUGAAAACGGGUUUAGACUUUGCCCAUUUUAGUCUCGAAUCGGGUAUGGUUUUCGAUUGAGCUAUGGAAGUGUAUGAAUGUAUUCCUCGUGUCAUAAAUCGUUGCCGUUGUUUGAUUAGUUAUCGUACAGUUUUUUUUUUUUUUUUUUUUUUUUUACCGUGCUGAUCAUUCUCUUUGAAAUGGGCCACUUCAAAAACUUCUCCAUUGUUCGUUUGGUGCAGGUUUAGGUCCUUUUUAAGAUCCCUAAGGCUUACACCCAAUGGAACAUGGCACGGUUGCAUGUUAACACAAGGGCCUUGGGAUACUCAACCGCUCGGUCUUCCCGAAGAGGCUUGCGGGCGUCGAAAUACCCACAAUCCACCUGGCUAAGAUGCAGGGUUUUGCCUUUUUCACCUCGUCAGUUAUCUUUUGUUCUCAGUUCAUGAACUAUGCGCGCAUAAUCUGAAGCUUCCCGUCACGUAUCAUUUGCAUUACGCACAGCAGGGCUUUAAACGCUGACUUAUUUCCGCAUUGUCGCUUCUCGGGGCGGAGAGAAGCGACGACCAGAAAUACGUCUCAGUCGCAAGCUACAGGGCUUGAAAUGGCCUUAUUCGGUUGUGUUUUCACUGGAUUAAGAAGCCUUCUAGCCUGCGGACUUAGAAAUAUUUCGGGUCGUCUUUGUUCUCCACCUGAAAGAAGCGACGACCGGAAAUACGUUUGUCUUCACGGGCUCAGAGAAGCCUACUGGUCCAAGGGAGAAAAAGCUAACUUUCUAUGGCAAUUAUAUUUUGCUGUUAAUAAGCAGUAUCCAAGUUGCUGCUAGCCUUUUUCGAGUGCGAAGUCUUUGAUAUGAAAAUAAUAUUUUAUUUCUGUUUUUGAAAGGAUACGUUAAGUUUUGCACUUCAGGCCAUUUUGAAAGAAAGGGUUUUUGGAACUCGGGUGUAGCCCGUCGUCACUAUUUAAAUCUCUUACUAUAAUUGGACGAGGUUGAGCAAAACAUAGUGAUUUUCAGCGGCGAGCAGAAUAAUUAUUUGCCACAGGUGAAGGCUGAGGCAAAUAAUUGAUCGCGAGACACUUACAAAUCACGAAAGAGCGAACCGAAGAUCGAGUUCAAUAACAAUUAUUGAAAUCGAUUUUAUCAUUCGAUCACCAAUCAAGUUUGUUUUUAAUGAAUAUCUCCGGGAAGCGAAGCGAUCUGCCAUUUUCAGGCAAGAGCGAUCUCAAGAGGAAGAAAAGUGUGGUUUCAUUUACGCAUGAGCAGUACAGCCAAAUACAGUUGGACGACAUUACACAUGAACAUACUUUUAUGUGUAGGCAAUUAUUUGCAGCCCACGUGACAGGCUCUUGGCCAAUGUAAAGGAGGAAAAAUUUGCAUGGAAAUGAUAAUAGCUUUUUUUUUUUUUUUUUUUUAAUUUUGUCAGAGAAAAAAGCGUGGUUCGCACGGGUGGGUUGCUUCGAGGAUAAGGGUCCCGCAGCCUGGAAAAACAAGUCACUUCGAGCACUAAAAACUCUGUACAGAAAUGAACGAGGGAAACUCGACUGGAACAUCGCUUGGGAGGAUUUCUCCAACGUAGUCAUGGAUUGCUCAACGGCUGCCCAGAUCGAGGGAUGCCCCUGCUUUGGCGUCCAAUUCUUCGCCGAGUGUUGGUGUGAUAAGAGCUGUAAAACUUACAAUGUCUACGGGCGUUCGAAAAGGUGUUUCAGAGGCGUUGUUGGCCUCCACUGGACUAAUUUCGUAUACAGAGGAAGAUGCGGUUCAGGUGAAUCUUCACGUAAUAUAAUAGGAAAUAAAUAGAAGGGCGUAUGGGAAGAUGAACUCAGAAAAGUUUCAGAUGGGAAUAGCCCAAGUUUGAUAUAUCAAAAUUCUAACACGGCUCCAA